CAUGUUUGGUGUUGGUUUGGUACAGGUGAAGAGCCAGAAUGCUAGUCACAGAGAUGCCAAAGCAUGAUACAGAAGCUAAUGAAAUUGGAAAAGUAUAGCCCUCCAAUAAAAUGGCAACAUAGGGAUUUAUGGGAGGUUUAUAUGGAAGAAUGAUUAUGACUGGAGCUGAGCUCUUGGAAGUUACUGGCAUAUCAGUGGUACCUGAGGCCGGAGGGAAAGGUGGGGUCAGUCCAGAUAGAGUUGCCAUCUUUAAUAAAAGACAAAGAAAUAGGACAAUCAGUUACAUUUAAACUUCAGAUAAACAAUGAAUACUUUUUUUUAAGUAUAUUCCAUGUAAUAUUUAGGCCAUACUUAUCCUAAAAAUUAUUUUUUGUUUAUCUGAAAUGAAAAUUGAGCUGGGCCCCAUGCAUUUCCCCUGAUAACCAUAACAGUGGCUGCAAACAGAAAUGCCUAUGGGACCAGGAAGGCACCCAUGGGAGGUGCUGUGUGGCGGGUGGAAGGUGGUACAGGUGGGGCAGCCUGGAGCACCGAUGUCUCAUCCUUGGGGGCAGCUGCUGCCCUGCUCCAGCUGAUCAGGUUCGCAGACAUGGCCUCAAGGGUGUCCAAUAUUCUAAUGUUUCCAAACAGAAGAGAAGUAUAUAUUUUUAAUGUGAAAUAUCCCAAUUUUAAAAGAAGACGACUAAUGAAAAGCAAAAACAUUGUGAGGCACAGAGCAGGUCUGUGGGUUCCCCAAGGCACAGGGGCCACUGCUUUGCAACCUCUGAUCUAAUCUUUGCAGAGUGGGUGGGGAAGGUGUUUAACCUGCAAGUUACAGUGCUUUGCAAAGUCAGGGUGCGGGGAAGGGAUGGCAGCAGGCCGAUGACUCCCUCCCUCAUGCAAAAGGUAAAAUGUGAAAACGACGCUUGUGGCCACAACUCCAUGGUCUUGCCCCUCAGUGUCUGAACGCGUCCCAUGGCCACGGUCGCCAUAGCUGGGCAGUGGCCAAAACCACAGAGGGCUGCACCCCGUUCCACCUGCUCUCACAGGGCUGGAGAGACCAGCCUAUCCCACCAGCCUUUCAGGUAGCAGGAGCAAUCAUUGGGGCUCUGAAGGCUUUCAUCAGAAAAUUGUGGGUGGCAACUUCCUGGGCUUUGUGCUGAGAGCUUCUUGAGGCUUCUCACCUUCAGAUGCAAAGUGAGUGGGUGUCUCUCUCUGAGAAGCAGAAAGAAAAAACGAAAGAGAGGUGUUUCCCUGGGCUAUGGAAACUCUAUAAAGAAGGAGCUGGCUUCCCCUCCCUUGGUCAGUCAGAAGCAGAGGUCCCCUCCUUGAUCCCUGGGACUCCCCGGGAUCGAGAAGGAAAACCUUUGCCUGGGGCGUCCCGAGUCACUGGCUGCCAUGCAGCAGCCCUUGAACUACCCGUACCCCCAAAUCUACUGGGUGGACAGCAGUGCCAGCUCUCCCUGGGCCCCUCCAGGCUCAGUCCUCCCGUGUCCGUCCUCGGUGCCUGCAAGGCCUGGUCAAAGGAGGCCACCACCACUGCCGCCGCCACCACCACCGCCGCCAUUGCCACCGCUGCCGCCACUGCCACUGCCACCUCUGAAGAAGCAAAGGGACCACAGCGCAGGCCUGUGUCUCCUUGUGAUGUUUUUCAUGGUGCUGGUGGCCCUGGUUGGAUUGGGCUUGGGGAUGUUUCAGCUCUUCCACCUACAGAAGGAGCUGGCUGAGCUCAGAGAGUCCACCAGCCAAAGGCAUAUAGCAUCAUCUCUGGAGAAGCAAAUAGGUCAACCCAGCCCACCCUCUGAAAAAAGGGAGCUGCGGAAAAUGGCCCAUUUAACAGGCAAGCCCAGCACGAGAGCCAUUCCUCUGGAGUGGGAAGACACCUACGGCAUUGCCCUGGUCUCCGGGGUCAAGUAUAAAAGGGGCGGCCUUGUGAUCAACGACACCGGGCCCUACUUUGUGUAUUCCAAAGUGAACUUCCGGGGUCAGGCCUGCAACAACCAGCCCCUGAGUCACAGGGUCUACGUGAGGAACUCGAGGUACCCGAAGGACUUGGUGCUGAUGGAGGGGAAGAUGAUGGACUACUGCACCGCCGGCCGGAUGUGGGCCCGCAGCAGCUACCUGGGGGCCGUGUUCAACCUCACCUCAGCUGACCAUUUAUACGUCAACGUGUCUGCGCUUACGCUGGUCAAUUUUGAGGAAUCUAAGACAUUUUUCGGCUUAUAUAAGCUCUGAGGAAAGCACUUUGGGAUUCCCUCCAUUAUGUGACAGGUCUUGAAGGAGGUUUUCUUAGGCCCAUCCGAGGUCAAGAGAGACGUAAACCCUGAGGACCUUGACCCUGCAGGGUCUGGCCUGCAGGCCUGCAGUUCCUCAUCUCACCUAAGGUCCGUGAGCCAGACAGGAUGAGGAGUAUAACUGACGGACAUAACCCUUUGGGCUGCCAGGUCAAGAUGCAGACGCCGGGACAAGCAGCUGCCGGGGUGUCCUGCAUCCAUCUUAAGUGGCCAAGAGUGUUUGGCAUGUUGGAAAGGACACCUCUUUGAACUCACCACCUCUUGGGGUGGGUCUACUAUCUACCUCAGGGGAGGCCGUCUUUCAGAUAUAUGGAUGUGACAUGAGUGUGUACGGGGUGGAGAAAGAAGCUUGCAUGAUAAGCUACAGAGACUGAAGGGCCACUGUCCCAUGGGCAGCGGUUUUACUUCUAAAUCCAUAGCCUGAGCUGCCAGGCGACGCUACCAGAGAACAAUGGAGGUCUUUCAGGGACUUAGUCCAUUCCCUAGACAGCAUGUAUAUUUCCAGUGCAAUUGUACGAAUGUGUGUGUGCGUGUGUGCAUGUGUGUGUGUGUGUGUGUGUGACUACAGUGACGUCAGUAGAGAGGAUGUGGAAAUGGUGAAUGUGCAUUUGGUGGUAGACUGAAUGCUUCUUGGUAACCAACUCUAACAGUCCUCAAAACUCUGUCAGCUAGUGAUGCUGUUUUCCUAUAAUAUAACCAGUAUUUAUAUACAU